AUGGAGAAAAAAUACGAUCAGAUUUCUAAUGAUCUUGCAUUAGAAAUUCUAGCAAAAUUACCUGUUAAAUCUUUGAAGCGGUUUAGUUGCGUGCAAAAGUCUUGGCUAAAUUUACUUGAGAAUUCUAAUUUCAAGAGUAUGUACUACGAGAAUUUAAAAUCCAAAACUGCUUAUUCAUCGUCUCUGCUUCUAUGGAGAAAUUUUUAUGACCAAAGAGGUGAUGGAAACAACGUCUAUAAAAAAGAUGUGUAUUUGCUUUCUGGAGAGAAGUAUGAAAACAUAGUUAGAUUAGUUUUGCCAAGUCUGGUUGAGGAAUAUGAUGUUCCCGGCAUGGUUAUAGAAUGUGUUAAUGGUAUCAUAUGCUACUCUGAAACUUAUGGUCGUAAGGGAAAAAAACUAAAAAUUGGACUUUGGAACCCCAAAACUGAUGAGCGUAAAAUUAUUCCUCCGAGUAUUAUUAUCGAUGAGCCCGGCUUUGAUCUAGAGGUAAGUGUUCAUGGAUUUGGUUAUGAUAAUAUGAAUGAUGACUAUAAAGUGAUUCAAUGUGUAUAUUAUAUUGAUUAUGAAUUUUACUUAGAUGGACCUUCUCCAAUUUGGCAAAUUUAUAGUCUAAAAAAUAAUUGUUGGAAAAAACUUGAGCUUGAAAUGAAUCACAAUGAAUUUUUAGAACAAGGUUCUGUAAAGUACUUAAAUGGAGUAUGCCAUUGGUGCUGUGAAGAGUAUGGAGAAGAAGUAAUUGUGUCAUUUAACCUCAGCACUGAAACGUUUCAAACCACAUCGAUUGUUUUGGUGCAAAGAAAUGAUGCUCCCCCUAUUAGAGUUUUGGUAGUGCUCAACGAGUCUCUUGCUCUAAUUUCCUCUCUUGCUGAGAAUAGCUGUAUUGAAAUAUCCAUUUUGGGUGAAAUUGGUGUGAAAGAAUCUUGGGUGAAGCUUUUUACAGUUAGACACUUUCUAGAAAUUGAUUUUCCAUUUGGAAUGGGCAACAAAUGUGAUGUAAUAUAUUUUAUCGAAAACUAUAACGAUGAAUUGGCUUCCUUUGAUGUCAUCACAGGCAAAAUAAUUCACAAUAUUGGUAUCAAAGCAGAGUGGUUUGGUGCAUGGAUUUACAAAGAAAACCUCCUCUCUUUCACCACAAGAAUUAAUUGA